UUAAUCAACAACCUGUAUUUAAUACAGCUAUAUCAGCAAAUGGUUUAUUUUCUGAUAAUACUUUAAUAACAACAACAACUGAUAAAUUACAUAUUGAUUUAAAAAAUAUUGAUGAUCAAAAUGAUAAUGAACAAUCAACAAUCAAACAACAAAAACAUUCUUUAGAACAUUUUAUUAUGAGUCCAACAGAUAAAGUUAAAAUACAAAUGAAAUAUCCACCAAUAAAUAAUGAUAAAGAAAGUGAUAUCAAAAGUAAUGAAUUAAAAAUUUCUCAACCUGAAGAUAUUGAUUUUAAACGAUCAAAACAGAAAGCUAUCCGCGUACUUUAUCAAAAUCGACUUAAUCUCAACAGUAUUCAAACUCCGGUGCCACGUCAAAAUUCAAAGAUAUUUCCAUCGAGAACAGCAACAGGUCAUUGUGAUUCUCCAUUAGCUAAACGAACGACCAAUCCACGUAUAUUAAGAAGUGUGUUAUCAUGCAGUGUAUUCGAAGCCGAUGAUGAACAUGAAGUAGUUUCAUCGACAACUAUUGCUAAUCAAGCCGGUGUUAAUGGGACACGUGAAAAGUCCUAUAUUGAAACAUUCAAUUGUUUACGUAGCAAUUUUACUGAAUCAUUAUUACAUGGAAAAAUUCUUCCUUGUGGUAUACUUGAUGGUUUUACAGUUAAAUUAGGUGCAAGUGGACUUUUUAUGCCCAAACAAGUUGUUUUACCUGUGACUACAUUUUGGUUUAAUAUAUCUGAACAUCAAGCAGCAUCGCCUUAUCUCGGUUUUGUCAAUUUACAAUGUUUACCAAAACGUGGUUAUCAUGCUCCAACAAAAGGCACGAUAACUUUAGCUUUAUUAAAUCCAAAUGGAACAGCUAUACAUUUAUUUUUAAUAAUAUAUGAUUUAAGUGAUAUGCCACCAGAUCAUCGAACAUUUAUACGUCAACGAAUUGUUCUUAUGCCAGAAAAUACCGGUGAUGGUAAAAAAACUGAACAUUCAUCAUCAAAAGGAAAUCUCAGAUAUUUAGCUCAUAUUCGAUUUGUAACAUCACAAACGGGUAAAUUAUAUAUGCAUUCCGAUAUACGUUUAAUAUUUGCACGUAAUAAACUUGAUUAUGAUGAUCGAACAGCGGGCGGUAAAGCACAACUAGUGACAUUGACAGAUAUGCCAACACCAAAAUAUUGGUCACGUAAGUAG